AUGAAAAACGGAGAGCACUCGUUGAAGUGAUGUACCGAGUGGCGGCGGCGGCGAAGGCGGCGGCGCUCCUCCGCGGGGCGGGGGACGCCGCCAUCCACCGCAACGCGCGCGUCCUAUCGCCUCUCCCUCAGGCCGGCGUCGGCGGCCCUCGCUUCUCCACCUCCGUGGACGGCCGCCAAUCGCCGCCGGGUCCGAGCCCUAACGAACACCAGAGCCAUCCGCACGCGAGUCCGGAAACUCCGUAUUACGUGGAUUCCACCGGAUCAUCGUCGGCAGCGGCGGCAGCGGCAUCCGCAUCUGCGUCCGCAUCGUCGUCUUCGAGUGGGCCCGCAUUGUCGGCUGCCGAGGAAGCUCGGCGCCGCCAGAGGAGUAGUCCCUUGGCGGAUUAUCAGGAGCAGCAACGUCGCGUGCUUCGGGCCUCUCUCCGACACGUGAAAACGUUGGGAUGGUCUGAAGCAGCCAUGAUUGCUGGGGCGAGGGAUGUUGGUCUGUCGCCUUCAAUAGUUGGAUCUUUCCCAAGAAAAGGAGCUGCAUUGGUCGAGUAUUUCAUGGAUGAUUGCUUGCAAAGGCUUAUCGACACGAUCGACUCUGGAGAUGAAUUAAAUGGGUUGAUACCUAGUGAGAGGAUUUUGAGAGUCAUUAGGAUUCGCCUAGAAAUGCAAGUUCCUUAUAUAUCAAAAUGGGCUGAAGCUCUUGCCAUUCAGGCACAACUGUUAAAUGUCCCAACUAGUCUUAAGCAGCGGGCAAUGUUGGUAGAUGAGAUAUGCCACGCUGCUGGGGAUGAAUCCUCUGAUAUUGAUUGGUAUGUAAAGCGCACUGUUGUUGGAGGAAUAUAUUCAACUUCCGAGGUGUAUAUGCUGACUGAUAGCUCCCCAGAGUUUCGCGAUACAUGGGCAUUUGUGGACAAUCGAGUGAAAGAUGCUUUUGACUUGAAAAAAUCCUUCCAAGAGGUGACGCAUUUGGCAGAAGUUGUCGGCGCGGGAGUGGGAAGCUCCUUGCAAGGAUUUGUUAGGGGAGUUAUGCAGAGAUGAGAUUCUGUGCAUCACGGCUUGAACAAAUUCCUUCUGAUGCUGAAAGCCCCAAGAACUAGUGGUUGGCCUGGUCUGUAUCGUCCGCGCAUCGAUCUCCUUGCGGUCAUGUUCACCACACUUCAGCAUGGAAGUCAUUUUAGGAGAACAUAUAUAUAUAUGGAGUCUUUUGACUGCUCAAUUUAGUUCUUUUUGUGCUUUGCUAGUCCACCCUUUUCCUUCUCUUUGCUAAUAGUCGCAAUGACAGCUUUCUUGUUUCGUCGAGUAGGGGAAAUUACAGCCUUGUUGGACAUUGAUGCAUAAAUAAGGGCACUUGUGGGCAAUGAUUUAGAUUCAUUGGUAAGAGGAGACAGAACAAUGCCUUUUGAUAUACAUUGUCACCCCCGAUUCCUACAA